CCGAAGAAGAGCCGUCUUAUUCGCGCAUGCGUAGUUUAUUUCCUCCCUUUUCGACAUCCCGAGCGAAAGCGACAAGAUGGGUCAUCAGCAGCUCUAUUGGAGUCACCCAAGAAAAUUCGGCCAGGGAUCUCGAUCCUGCCGUGUGUGCUCAAACAGACAUGGUCUGAUCCGCAAAUAUGGGCUCAACAUGUGCCGCCAGUGCUUCAGACAAUACGCGAAAGACAUUGGCUUCGUCAAGUUGGAUUAAAGGUCUGGACUGCUUCACCAGAGCAAUGUGGAAACAUUCUUCCAUGCAACCACCCUGAAGUCACCUGAAUUAGAAAAUAAACACACUUUUCUGGUUAAA